AUGACCAGAGGAAAACUGCCCCUGGUGUUUCCGUUGCAGGAAAGUGUGCCCAAGUUCGAGUUCGAAAACGAAAACCUCCAAGGUAAGCUCUGUGACGUCUGGCUCCAGAACGAGUACCAGAAACUCUCCAUCAGAAACGAACCAAGGGAGAACAGGAAAAGGUACCGCACAGGAACCAACAUGGCCAACGAUGGUACGUCGUAUGACAAGGAAAGCACCGAAUCCGGCGACGACAUGUUGAUAUCUGACACAGACUGCAACAGCCAAAGCUCGGUCGUUUUGAGCUUCUACAGAGAAAGAGACGGUCUAGUACAUCCGCCUAAAAGAAGACUUACCACCAACGAAGAAGGGAGUGUUAGCACCAUAGGCUUGAACAACUGCAACAAGGCAGGAUGCCCCUCAGCCGGUGCCUGUGGAGGCAACUGUGCCGAUAACAAUGGAGCCAACAUCAUUCUGGUAGCAACAGCCCCAAUCACCGUUAAUGCCAACAUAAACUCAAACAAUCCGCGUACUCCAAAUUCUCCUUCUCCUUCUACCCCAGAUUUUGAACCUCAACAAUUACCACUUCCAUCCCCAAGCGCAUCUCCUGUCUCGGGUGACAAUACCAAGCCUCCAUACAAUCCUAUUGAGUCACAGUUGAUACCCCCAUCGACCCAAGGGGAAUUAAUAGACAUGAUGCUUAACCUUUCAAACUAUCUUUCAGACAGAAACCAAAACCAUUUGAUUUUCAAACUUCUUCAAAAUGUGAAUCGUUCUUCCUUGAGUUCGCUCAACGGUAUUAUUGAUCACAGUUUGAGAAGGGAUUUGAUUAGUAACUUGCCAUUGGAAUUAACGUACAAAAUCUUGUCAUACCUAGACUAUAAAACUUUACUUUCAAUCUCAAGGGUAUGUAAAAGUUGGUCGAAAAUUAUUAACAACACAAAUAUUUGGGUGAAUCUUCUUAAGAAGGACAAGUUAAUUACUGAUGAUAAAGUGAUCCAACAGGAGUUGACUAACCCUGAUCAAAAUUUGAAUGAAUGGAGCUCAGACUCGACCAAAUUCAAUCUUGCACAGAUUCUUUACAAAAAGAGAUGUAUUAUUUACAACCGUUGGAUGAAGCCAAGUUAUAUACCAAAGAGAAUUAGUGUGAAAUGUCCAAGUAGCAAGGUGGUCACCUGCUUACAGCAUGAUGAUGAGAAGAUAAUAACCGGUAUCGAUGACAAGCCGAUCAAUAUUUACAGCUCCAAGACUGGAAAACUCUUGAAAGUAUUGGAGGGGCAUGAAGGAGGUGUUUGGGCUUUGAAGUAUACUGGUAAUACUUUGGUGACAGGUUCCACAGACAGAACUAUUCGAUUAUGGAACAUCGCUACUGGAAAGUGCACCCACAUCUUCAGAGGACAUACAUCAACCAUCAGAUGUUUGGAUAUCAUUCAUCCGACUGUAAUAGGCAAAGAUGAGAAUGGUGUAGAUAUUACCUUUCCUGAAUUUCCAUUACUUAUCACAGGUUCUAGAGACCACAAUAUUCAUGUCUGGAAAUUACCGUUGAGUGAUGGGGAGGAAGCAAAUGAUGACGACGCCCCAUUUGACUGCAAUGAGGUAGAUAAUCCUUAUUUGAUUGCUAUUUUAUCAGGACAUACUCAGGCAGUAAGAACCAUCACCGGUUAUGGAAAUAUCAUAAUAUCAGGAUCGUACGACUCAACAGUUAGAGUGUGGGACUUGCUCAACAAUGGUACAUGCAAACAUGUUCUUUCAGAGCAUAGUGAUAAGGUAUACUCGAUAGCGAUGGACUUUGAAUCGAAAUUGUGUUACUCAGCAUCAAUGGAUCAUACAAUUAAUGUAUGGAAUUUCGAGCAUGGUAAGUUGGUCAACACAUUAGAAGGGCAUACUUCAUUAGUGGGGCUUGUCGAGUUAGUAGAUGGAGUCUUAGUCUCAGGAGCAGCAGACACUUCUUUAAGAAUCUGGGAUCCUAAAUCUGGAGAGAAUUAUUUCAAGCUCGAGGGACAUUCAAAUUCUAUCACCUGUUUCAAGCAUGAUGGUCUUAGAAUUGUCAGUGGAAGUGAACGCAUGCUAAAAUUAUGGGAUACCAAAAAAGGUAAGUUUACCAGAGACUUAUUAAAUGAUGUUUCGGGUAAUAUUUGGCAGGUCAGCAUCAAUUACAAAAGAUGUAUUGCAGCUAUUCAAAGAUUCAAUAGUCAAGGAGAAGAUGAAGCUUACAUCGAGAUCUUGGACUUCAGCGAAUCCCCCAAGGCCAUUGAAACGCCACAAGAGUUUGAAAUGGAGUAA